GUCAAUAUGCUUAAGGCCUUUUGAAUUAUUUUUGUACAAAUACUACACAAUGAAGCCCCUUAAUUGGUCCACAGUUUUGAAUAUUUUUGCAUGUUUAGCAAUAUGCUCCAGCUCUCUAUUACACACAACAGUGGCCGAGGAGGCCACCAGCACAAUAAUAUUAGCAACAGAGUCUAGCACGGCUUCGGAAAAUGUUAAUGAAGUUACUACCGAUGUUAUGGAAAACACAUCAACGACAGCAACAACAACCGGUACUAUAGCAGCAAUUAGUUCUACAGCGGAAAGUCUGUCGACACGGCCACCGAUCGACACCUCAGAUACCAGCCAGAGGCCCAGUAUUCAGCGCAACUCAUUGGGCUUCGAUACCAAACUUCUACAGACUCAGCAACCAUCUGAUUGUUCACAACGGGAGAAAUCCUCAAUUCAACCCAUACCAACACUAUCUUCGCGGCUUUUGAAAUGUUGUCCGCUGGGCGAGAAUCUGGACAUCUAUCGGGAGAAUCAAAGCGAUUCAAUGUGCGAGAAUAGUGGUAUGAGCUUUGAACCGACUAUAAUAAGUGCUGUUCUCUAUGACAAUUGCAUCGAGGAUUUGGAAAUAGUGACUACUCUCUCCUAUCAAAUUGGCAAUCCAUGCAACAGCUCCUUUCAGUACGACGAUGGGGAGGACGUUUUCUUUGUCCUGCAGGAUGGCUCGCUUCUUGUAAUGGAUAUAAAUCGUAACGAUUCCUAUACGAUUGAGAAGAACUAUUGCAUCGACGUCGACAAAUCCGGUCACAUGUUCGCAUUCACAUGCAUAACCCAAGUGGAUGAGCACUUGGCUCGUGGUCAGAUGGUCACAGUAGCGGUGCUAAUGUUGGUUUCCAUUCCGUGUUUGCUGCUUGUCAGCUAUUUGCACAUGACGCUGAAAAACUUGAGAAAUCUGCAUGGUCUUUGUUUGAGCUUGAUGUCAUUAAGCUUAGCCAUGGGGUUCUUUGUGUUUUCUGUGGUUGGAAUUUACGGACUUCCCUCGGGAGGGUUCAUUGGCUACGUCAUACAGUUCCUUAUUUUGAGUUACUACUUCUGGUUCUUCUGCAUCUGUUGCAAUGUAAUUUUGAAUAUUUGGUACAAGCUUCCACAAUGCGUGCGCUUAAAUAAGACUUGGACGUACGUGAAUUUUGGUGCCUAUUGUCUAUUCACGAUUAUUGGUCCCACUGUUUUGGUCACGCUCACUGUACAAAAAGGAUUGCAAGGUAUGCCCUCAUACUUUAUUCAGGGCCUGACGGAGUCCAUUCGCGAGUCGCAAAGAUACUUCAUCCCACCAGUUUCAACAUUACUUGGGCUCAGUUUUCUGGCGAUGGUAAUCUCCUUUUUUGGUUUCCAACGCAUAAAAACAAAUGGUUAUUUGCGCGCUGAGAAGGAUGAGCCGACGUCAAAUGCGCCUGUGCCACAAUUUGAUCAACAAAAAUAUGAGGAUGUGAAAAAAGACGCGAAAUGCAUCUGUUUACUGGGCAUCAUUAUGAUCGUUACUUGGCUGCUGGAAAUGACCACUUUUUAUUCAAAGGGAAAGGAAGGAUACUUGCUGCUCUGCGAUAUGAUAAAUGGUCUACAGGGCGUUUUCAUUUUUCUCAUUUUCUUGGUGGUACGGCGACGUCGUACAGUUAUUCUGCGCUGGUGGUACGAUCGCGGAUCUCACAACAUCGAGGGAACUGAGCUGCAAACAGUUAGUAAGAAUACGAACCCUUCAUAGUCAAGUUUAGUCUAGAUCUAGUCCUUUAGUUACUUUAAUUAUGUUUCAAUAAAAGAAAGUAUUUUUUAAAUAUUUAUAUGUA